AUGCUCUCAAGUCAGAGAGCUGGUCUCAUGGCGUUUGUGCGCAAAAAAACGCAACCGCCAUUCACAGUGAGCAUCAGAGCACAACUAACUGCAUUGGUGUGUUUAGUGGCCAUUUUCUCCUUGAUUAUCCUGGCAGUGAUCACAGGAGUCUAUUUUACAUCCAGUUACAAGUCUCUAAGAGCGGAUCGACUUCAGGUGGCCUCCCAACUGAAAUCUUCCCAGAUCGAUCAGAAUAUCAACUUUCUGUACUACCAAAGCUACUGGAUGGCAUCGAGAGAUAUUUUACAGAACGCGUUGACCGAAUAUCUGGCUGGUAAUACAAGUGAGGAAAAUUGGUAUGAUGCAUCAGCAUCACUGGACAAAUUUUUGAGCUCUUCAAAUCUGUUCAGUGCAGCUCGUGUUUACGACUCGAGUUUCAAAGAUGUACUGAACGCUACUAAUAAUGGAACGGGGAACCUGAUACCGGACGAAGUGCUAACGAGACUCUUUCCGCUCUCUACGGAUGAUGCCCUGCCGUCUUCUCUGCAAGGAAGUGGGUAUCUGAGUGAUCCUGUGCUGAAUGGCACAGACACUUAUCUGAUGUCAAUGUCACUGCCGAUUUUGGCAAACCCAUCCAUCAUCUUGUCUGAUGACAUGGUUUACGGCUAUUUGACAGUAGUAAUGUCAGCAGACGGCUUGAAGUCUGUAUACAAUAGCACUGCUGCUUUAGAUAACGCAGCCGUGGUGAUCGUUUCCACGGUCUACAACAAUAGCGAUUUGGCUGGAUUCCAUUUGGUCUUCCCUCCAUCUGGCCUGAGCCCAGAAGUCACCAACUUUCUUUUCCCAUUCGAUUCAGCAUCUUUCUUGAAAGGAGCGCUGCUCGAAAACAAGAACGGCUCAAUCAAAAGCGGUGAAUUUCUGUACAACAAGCAUGUGGCCAUUGGAUACUCCUCGUGUGGUUUUGAUAUUGGAUCGUGGGCUGCCCUGGUGGUUCAGCCGGAAAGCGUAUUCCUGUCCCCCUCCACAAAGCUCACAAAGAUCAUUAUUGGCACCGUCAUUGGGAUCGCCGUAGUAAUGUGUCUCAUAACAUUUCCCUUAUCGCAUUGGGCUGUACAACCGAUUGUACGACUUCAAAAGGCAACAGAAGUCAUAACGGCUGGGAGAGGUUUGAGAUCAGAUGGUAGCACUUUGUACAGUCAUAAGCGCACCAGUACAGCGGAAUCCUUCAACUCUAACUUCAGACAGGGUUAUAUUCGUCGUUCAGGAUCGGUAGCGCGCUCUAUUGGUUAUGAAGGUGCUCCGACUGGAAUCCCGUCCGGCAAAGAUGCUUCAAAAGAUGCUGAGAAGAUUCCCGAGGGUUCUUUGCCAACAGAGCUAAGAAAGGUGCGAUCAGCCACGAGCGCGUCAAUUCUCAGUGAUUCACGGUUUACUGGAGCAGACCAUUUUAACACCUCCCAUCUGGUAGAGGUUCGAGUCCCAGUAUACAAACGAUACUUUUCUGAUGAGCUUUCCGAGCUCACCGAGACAUUCAAUGCUAUGACCGAUGAGCUCGAUCGUCACUAUGCUCUUUUGGAAGACAGAGUACGAGCGCGUACUCGUCAGUUAGAAGCAGCUAAGAUCGAGGCAGAAAAAGCUAACGAGGCCAAGACAGUCUUCAUUGCCAACAUAUCACACGAAUUGAGAACCCCACUGAAUGGGAUCUUAGGUAUGACAGCUAUUGCCAUGGCAGAAGAAGAACUGCCCAAGGUAAAGAGUAGUCUGAAGCUUAUCUUUCGGUCGGGAGAAUUGCUCCUGCAUAUCAUGACCGAACUAUUGACCUUCUCCAAGAACGUUUUGAAAAGAACCAAAUUGGAAGAAAGAGAUUUCACUGUCCAUGAUCUUGCUCUACAAGUGGAAUCUAUUUUCGGGAAAUUAGCCAAAGAUCAACACGUUAGAUUGACCAUUUCAAUUUUGCCCAAUGUACUGAGAACUAUGAUGUUAUGGGGAGACUCCAACAGAAUCGUACAGAUUAUUAUGAAUUUAGUCUCGAAUGCACUGAAGUUCACCCCGGUUGACGGUAAAGUUGAUGUCAAAUUCACGUUAAUCGGUGAAUAUGACGAGGAAAGAAGUAAAGCCGAAGACUAUAGGCACGUUUACGUUUUGCCAAAGAGGAGUAACGCAGAAAUUGAUGGUGAUGGCAAAAGCAAUGAAAAAGUCGCCAACAGACCGCUCACAAGUGAAAGCUCUCCUCCUUCUCCUUCUUCUCGUGGUAUGCACGACAUUGAUAAGAAAUCGAACUGUGAAGGUAGCGACAGAUGGACAAAAGGCGACGAUAACGGAAAUUCCUUGACCGAAGAUGAUUGUGAAAAUACGGAGGAUUACAACGAUGAUCUCAAGUCGAUAGAAACACAAUCUAGCAGUGACUCUUAUGAUGGCAGUCGGUUUCAGUCACAAUUUCUCAAAGACAGCAAUGCUGAUAGUGGUGAUGAUUAUAAAGACGUGAAAGAGUUAAAAGAUCCUAAAAAAUGGACUAUUUCAAUGGAAGUAACUGACACUGGUCCGGGCAUAGAGACCUCGCUACAAGAAAGUGUUUUUGAGCCCUUUGUGCAGGGUGACCAGACGUUAUCUAGGCAAUAUGGGGGUACAGGGCUAGGGCUGUCCAUUUGUAGACAAUUGGCUACCAUGAUGCACGGCACGAUGGAAUUGAAGUCAAAAGUGGGGUUAGGAAGUAAGUUUACCUUUACUGUACCUUUAACGCAAACCAAAGAAAUAUCUUUUGAGGGCGUCAGGAAUCCGUUUGAGGACGAAUUUAAUCCGAAAAGCAAGAAGAAUCGUAAGGUCAAGUUUAAGGUUGGCAAAGUUAACGAGGAGGAAACACCUACGACAUCAUCAUCUACUAAUGACAGUUCUGUGAAGGCCUCAAAUAUCUCUGAGAGCGAAGUAAGCGUGGGGAGUGUACGUGUUGACAGGCCCUUCUUACAGAGUACCGGUACCGCACUAUCGUCUAACAGAGUUCCUUUAGCCGCAAAACCAAACGAAUGCAAAAUAUUGGUUGCAGAGGACAAUAAUGUGAACCAGGAGGUGAUCAGGCGCAUGCUAAACCUGGAAGGUUUGAAUGAUGUGGAUCUAGCAUGCGACGGACAAGAUGCAAUUGAGAAGGUUGAGGCUCAAAACGAAGCUGGGAGACAUUACGAUUUAAUAUUCAUGGAUGUUCAAAUGCCUCGAGUCGACGGACUUUCAGCUACAAGAACGAUACGAGGUAAACUCAAUUACAGUCAUCCUAUAGUGGCAUUGACGGCAUAUGCAGACGAUAAGAACAUCGAGGAAUGUUUGGAUGCCGGCAUGAACGGCUUUUUGUCGAAACCCAUCAAAAGGCCAAAGAUCAAAUCGAUUUUGGAAGAAUACUGCCCGCAACAUAAUCCGAACGGCAAGGAUGACUGA